AUGGCGGCUGCUACAUCUGCACAGCUGCGUUUCCUCACAGACGCGGCGUAUUUGAUGCGACAGGCGGCGCCGCACACAUCCGCCCAUCUGAUGCGCCGUCGAAUCGACUUGGCCCUGACCGCACAAGCACAAUCCCAGGCGCAAGGACAGGCAGCGACGGGCCCGCCUGUACCUGUCGCGGCGCUUCCCCAGACGGAUGUUCAGCGCCAGCUUGUUUGCACGAGCUGUGGCCUCGUCCUGAUGCCCGGCAGCGACAACACGACACUGACGAUCCAGUCCGGGCGGUCCUCGCAAAAGCAUAGACGGAAACGGAAGCGGGACGAAAAGACCGACACGGCUGCGUCUGAGUCGGACAAGAACAAGAAACCCCAUGGUCCGGCAGCCGAGCCCCAUGCGGGCAUUACAAAGGUGUACAAAUGCGGUCUCUGCCGCCGCGAGACACGAAUUGUCCUGCCACCACCACCACCACCACUCUCGAAGCAACGAAAGCAGACAAAGCAAACAGAGCGCAAGCCCGCAGCUGCAGCCAGGGCCAAAGACGACAUCAAGCCGGCACCGGCUGCUGCCCAGACUGCGACACCACCGUCAGGAACGCCGAAACCAAGCACGGCGUCAACAGCAAUCGUUCCUCCAGCACCAGCCAAGGCAUCAUCCAAUGCCAGCAGCAAAAAGCGGGCCAAGAACAGAAAGGCCGGGCUUUUGGCCCUCCUCGACAAAAGCCGGAGCUCGGACAGCAGCGGAUUGGGUGGCUUGAAUUUGAGUUUCGACGAUUUUCGCAGGAAAUGA